AUGACGUCGGAAAAUACCGGUAUGACCAUUGAAGAUGCCCCCGCCACUUUUAAAUCGUCUCACGAUGCGGAGUCAUAUGCAGCACCACCACAGCUCGGUACUCAAAUCAGCUUCUGCACCUGUGAAGAAAACACUAACAGGCCAGACGACGCUGACAAAUGCAUUCGGACCUCAACUUCCACAGUCAAGCGCCAGAGCCACAACAAUAACAAGAGACAUAGGUGUUUUUAUCGCAGCAGAUAUGAGACCACAGCUGAGGAGAGGGAAGAAGGGGCAGCAGGUGGAGCUCACUGUCCCACACAUGGUAGAGAGGAGGCUGUGAGAGAUGAUGAGCCCGAAGUGACAGAACCUACUCCCAAAAAGACAGCACUUGAGGACCUGUUAGGAAACUCUUUCUCUACUGAGCCAGAGAUGUCCAACAGUUCAAAACAGGCUGAGAGGGAAGUUGAAAACUACAGAAAAGAGGCCUCUAUCCCUCUCAGUGGCUGCCCUCUUAAGUGGUGGCAACAACACUGCUCCCAAUAUCCUUUGCUGUCUCACCUUGCCAAAGCGUGCCUUUCUGUCCCUGCUACCUCCGUUCCAAGUGAGCGCAUCUUUUCAACAGCAGGAGACAUAGUCAAUGCGCAAAGAUCCCAACUGCUGCCAGACAAUGUGGACAUGCUAAUAUUCUUAAAAAAGAACAUGGCUGUGUAGUUGCAGCAUGUUGUUAUACUUGUUCAGGCUUUGUUUGCACUCUGUAUUGACAGUUAAUGAUUUGGUUUUGCACAUAAUAUUGUUUGCACUUUGAAAAGAAAAGGAGGAAAUAUUCAAUUUUAUUAUUUUUUUAUUAUUGUUUUAACUUUUAUAAAUUUUAGUUCUAGUUUCAAUUUGUGAAAGAAUAAGUUUAUUAACAGUUAAAAGAACAUGACUGUGUAGUUGCAGCAUGUUGUUACCUUUAAUACUUGGUGCAUGCAAGUUAUAAUAAAACAUUUCAAAAUGCUUGUGCAACUCAGUAAAAUAAAAGUCUGUUGGUCCAGUCA